AUGAACAAAUCAACUGCACCAAGAAAAACCAAACGGCACCCAGCUCCGCCGCCGCCGCCCAGCCCCAAAGUCCUCCACUUCCCCCGCAGCCGCAGGACCCGCCGCAAGCAAACCAGGACCGCCGCCAGCCGCCGCCUUGACCAAAACGGCCCAGCACUGCUGCUCAUGCGCCAGAAGUACCAAUCUCACAAGGCGACGCUCGAGAAACUGUUCGAUCGAGAAAGCGACGAGCCGCCCACGACCCAUGGGCUCGCCCCCUCCGUCUCGUACUCGGAAUCACCGGCCAGCGGAAGGAGGGAGAGGGUGGAGGAAGAAGAUGACUGUGGAGAGUAUUUCAAUGUCGCCGGCGGCGGGUUUGAGGAGGAGAAGUGGAGGUUUCAAUCGGAGAUACUGAGGGCCGAAUGUAAAUUGCUGCGAAUUGAGAGGGAGUUUGCUCUGAAGAAGAUGGAGAAAAAUAGGGUUAAUGUGGAAAGAACUCUGAAAUCGGCUGUUGAAGCACUUGUCUCUGGAAGAAAGAAGAUUUUCGAAGGGAAGAAUGUGACUGAUGUCUUAGAUGAAGAGAUAGAAGAUUUAUCAGAGAAGCUGGAGGAGCUGCAAAAGAGUUCAAGAAGUAAAGAAGAAGAAUAUGAAGUUCAAAAUUGCAGUAAUUUCGACAAGAGCGCUUGCCUUUUGCAGCGCAGGGUAGAAAAUCUCAAAGGAUUAUCCAGUUUAAAGUCUCGAAAGGACUCACAAAAACGAGCCGAGUUGAGCCUGGAGAAAAUGGAGGGACUAUCGAAGGGCAUUUUAAACAGAGUCGAAGAAGAAUACAACUCAAUUCUUUCCUUGACUGCCAAUGGCUCGGUAGCCAGCUCAGCUUCGACGUCCAAAAGAAUCGAGUAUCCCGAGCUGUCUAAUGUUUCAACCAGACAAUUGUAUCAGCCAGUGAUAGCCCGUGAGAACAAAUGCACGGGACGCUGCAAGGCGAUCGUGCGGAGGAUAGUCGAGCAGGUGAGAGCCGAGACCGAGCAGUGGGCCCAGAUGCAGGAGAUGCUGGCGCAGGUGCGCGGUGAAAUGGAGGAGCUGCAGGCGUCCCGUGAUUUCUGGGAAAAUCGAGCCUACAAUUUAAACCAGGAAAUUCGAUCCCUCAGGAAAACUGUGGAAGAAUGGAAAGAGAAAGCAAUGAGAUACGAAAAUAAGGCGAACGAGAUGAGUCUUGAGAUUUCCGCUCUCAAAGAGCAAACUCAAAACCCGAACAUGGGUUUAUCACCGCCUCCUCUGGUUCCUCUCGGUAAGCAACUCGAAAAGGAGAAAAUAUUCUCGAGCUUCCGGCUGAAGAAAAACAGCACCGUUGAUGAGAAGGGGCGCAAGUACGAAAAUGGCCCUGAACGGGUGCUCAAGACGGAAGAAAGGACGCCAGAGAAAGGUUUGCCUGAACCACUUUCAUUAGGCAAACAGCUCGCGAAAGAAAAAAGGAAGAUCCUUCGUCACUUGAAGGAGAAUCCGAAUCGUGUGCAUGCUGAUGAUGGUAGUCGAGAGAGAGCUAGCAAACGAGAGGCCCCGGUUAGUGUUCGAAGGAAAAAGUCGUGCUCGACCGGGUUCGGGAUUUUGGACCCGAGCCGUUCGCCUUUGAUGGAUAUUCGUAGUUUGUCUCCAUUGACGAGACAAAUCAGUCGAUCGGCCUUUUUCGGUUUCCUUAGCCCCGAGAGUUCAAGAAUAAGGGGUAGUUUUAGAAUGUGA